AUGCAAUACAUAUCGCUGCUCAUCGCAUCGUUGGCUACCAGCGCCCUGGCUUAUCCCAGUUUGAAGCGACAGUCUGGCGUCAACCCACCUUGCCAACAAGGUGACGAGCUGGCCUGCUAUGCUGCUGAAAAUGAUGCGGCUACCAUCACGGGAGCUGCUUGUGAGCUCAACGUCUUGGGUAAGAACUGUGGUAAUCAGCUCAAUAUGUGUUGCAAUGUGAACCAAAAUUUGAGUCGCGACCUUUCCCAGUCAAGUCUGAUGCUGACUAUAUCUAGGGCACCAUUAAUGUCAAUCUUGCUUGCGUUGCUGUCCAGUUGUGAGCAUACCUUCAGGGUAAAGGCAAGAUCGCUACUUGUGGAGUAUAUCCUCACGAUCUCGGAUGCUCACGACGAGCAGUGCUAUAUGGGUUGGCUUGUCAGGUACUCCAGCCGAUGCCCAUCUACACAUGCUUUCUACCGCAAGUUGAGCAUUGGGUAUCUCAACUUGACAUGA